UAACUACCAAACUUGCCCUCUGCCUCUGGCUCACGACUGUAAUUCAUUAGAAGUACCACGCUCUAUCUAGCUUACAUACAUCUCCUCGCGUUGCCAUCUCCAGUUCAGCGCGCUCAAAGUACUUGUCCAUGUGAUUUUCAGGUCGCAACACGACAUUGACCUACUUGCAACGGAGUCGAGUCGCUAGUCCAUCGAUCGCAACUCCGACCCAGGGAGCGGAAUGAAACGCAAGCAAGCAGCUGCAUCGCCGUCGCACUCUCUAGCCAAGAAGCAGAAGCGGGAGCGGCAACAUCGCGAUCUCGAUACCAGGCCUCUCUCGUCCGCCGCGUCCCCGACCGCAACGCCAAGUCCUGGCUGGAAAUGGCGGUGGACUGCUAGAUUUGACUCCUUUCACUCUCAUGCUGAAUCCGAGUUUGAGCCGAAGCCCAAGUCCUACUGUGCGCAGCCUCGUCGGCAAAGUGACUGCUGGAACUCAAGUGACUUCAAAUCCAUUACCCAGUCCGAAUUUAAAUUUCCUCUCUUACGCCGCUCCCUCUCCCUCCCAAAUAUCUCCGACCUGCGCUCCCUACCCCUAGUCGCACGUCUCUCGAAGCAUAACAUACAAGCUAUGAGUUCCAAUCCUACACAACCCCUCACUCCUGCCAAAUCAACCUCAUCGAAGUCUCACUCGCAAUUCUCUCCCUCCAAAUCCUCGACCUCAAAUUUGAAUCCUGCCCGAGCAGCAGAGAAGUUACAAUGGGCGGACAUACUCGACGAAGAUGCUGGAGAGGAAGCAUUGGCUCUCCGGCCAGAACUCAGAGAAAGGAUAGAACAAAUCGUGAAUGGAGAACGUAGAUCAAGUAUGAAGCCGGGCUCCGUGCAGAAAUUCCGGAGCACAAAGAAGCAGAUGGCAUCCCGGAACGAAGCCACUAUCGCUACACGCCUGAUGCCGUUUCUUGUCAAGGAAAAACGCAGUGCCAGUCGACAAGGUGAGGACGAGCUCGACCUCCAAGGCCUGGCAGCAUGCAGCGAUGAAGCUGCUCCUGAGGUCAUGAGCCAGAGCUUCGAGACUGAUGGCCUGGAUUGGAACAUCUCUGCUCCCUUCCACAGCAACAGCGUCCCGAUACCUGUUCGCCUCUCCCACUCGUCUCAAGCCUCCGCAGAACUUGGACUCAAGAAUCCUGCUCCAGACCUCACCUAUGGUUUCCAACGCUCUGAGUUCUCGAGCGAUGAGCUACGUCUGUUGUCACAAUCUGGACUUGAGGUCGCGAAGGAUAUCGUGAGCCCGUUUUUCGUCGUGGAAUGGAAGGCUUGGCGAGGGAAUUUGCUGGACGCGAAAGUCCAGGCGAGGAGGGCGGGAGCUGCAAUGGUGUGGGGGAGAAGGAGGGCGAGAGAUGCCAUUAAGGUAGCUGGAGCGGUCCCUGGAAUGCACACUGGAGCUGGCGCGAGGGUGAUUGAGGAUUUGGAUUCUGGGCUCGGCAGUCCUAUGGAUCUGGAUGCGACGAGAACUGCGGAAGGCGAGCAGCCGCGAACUAGUCCUGCCAGAGUUUUCUCAACCAGUACUCAAGCGCGCGAUGACGAUUAUCCCGAUUCCGAUCUCAAUGCCAUCGCCUUCUCCUGUGUUAUAUCACCUGAUAUCGUCUUCUUCUACGUGCACUGGGCUGAAGAAUCUCAGGCCUCGCCUUUAAACUCGGUCGCACAUCCUGCCUCUGCGGCCGCGCUGCCGAACUCCUUCUCGGAGAGCACAUUCUCCGACACGAACUCUACGCUUCAAUCUUCCUUUUCCUCGCUCGCUGCGAAUCCAUCGCUCCCACAAUACCCAAAGUACCACACUGCUCUGCUUGCGAAGCACUUUCUCGACGCCGAGUCUGUGUCGAACAUUCGAAUAUGCAUGCACAAUAUACUCGAAUGGGGCCUCGAGCGUAGGAAAGCAGCUGUGAAAAACGAGGCAGAUGCUCUAGUUCAAGCGGAGGAAAAGGGAAGGGUACGAACGAGAGAAGAGUUAAGAGGCGUAGAAGAGAGGAUAGGGAAGAAGAGGAAGAUAUAGGCCAAAGCAGCUAUUUUGGGCGGUAGCCAUGUACUGGAGAUUUCGCAAAGGCUGGCAACAGCAGAUACUAAGAGGUGCGUGGGAUCUUAAGUGAGACUCCCGUGCGCGAAGGUCCUGGAAAAGUCCACUAAGCAAGUGUUCAACGAAGUCAGCCCUGGCUGGUUUCGACACGGCCCUACGAUAUUAGGAAGCCGGUGGCUUGUUUGUAUAUAUCCUGGCCCCUUUCUUGGCCCUGGUUCUGCCGGCUUUAUCUCCUCUUGUGUCCGAAAGGAAAGAUGAAAUGAAUAUCUCCAAGGGUUAGGGUUAGAAGUUCCUCAAAAGGCAUCGAUCAAUGUCUCAUUUAUACAGACUAUUACAGUUACGGUCACGUACUACCCAAAGACUAGAAAGGAAACAAAUGGUUGUCCCAACCCUAGCACCUGUGUACCGUCAUAUCAGCACGGGAGAACUUACACCUAUCAUUGCGGUGCUGCGGCAUGCGACACCCCGCCUUCCUCUUAAAGAACCUCCCAAAGCUAGGCCAUCGCCUUAUUCGAUACGAUUCUGAGAUUCCCAGCGCUCAAACACCGCGAACAUGGAUAGCCCAAGAUAGUUCAGGGGAAUUUCUGUGACGCCUCAGAAUAAACUCGGAAUUGGAGGCUCAAAUUGAGUAGGAAGGGCAGAGGAAAAGACAUGAUACACUGUUUACCUCCCCUGAUCCUCAUUUGUUUUCAUUGUUUAUUAUCAAUAGUUCUGAAUACUGUGAUGUUGUUAAUGCGUCGGAUAUCACGCGCUCGUCUAUCUUGUCUGCGUCGACGGAGAGGCCGAGGUCGGCGGCGGCGGAGAAGGAGGGGACGCCUGUGCUGGAUGUGGCGAGGGGGUUUG